GGCGACCGGGCGCAAGGGGCUGGACGAGGCUGUUAACUCGAUCCUGGCCAUUUCACUCAAGAUAUCUGCCAACUCGUUGUCUGUGUACAACUAAGUUGACUCUGCUUUUCAAGACUCAUAAUGGCAAGAAUAACGGAGUGGCGCAAGCUGCCAGUAUCUCUGAAUGAACUGUGUCUUGCAACAACCCUUCGCUGUGGCCAGUCGUUUCGAUGGCGCCAACGCGAGGACCAGACAUGGGCAUGUACGCUUCGAGGUCGCAUUGUACAACUGUCGCAAGAUACAUCCCAUAUCCAAUACCGAUCAAUAUGGCCUACCGCAGUCGAAGCUCCUCCAACACCACCCUCUUCCAUUCCGCCUACUGUCACGGAAGACGACGAGACAGACGACACGAGUGCCCUCCUACGACAUUACUUGAACCUCGAACCUAAUCUUGAAUCCCUGUAUGCUCAAUGGUCGGCCUCAGAUGUCAAUUUUAAGAAGAAAGCGCCAAAGUUUACUGGGGUCAGAAUAUUGCGGCAGGAUGCAUGGGAAGCGCUGGUCGGGUUUAUUUGCAGCAGUAACAACAACAUCAUUCGCAUAUCUCAGAUGGUGGACAAACUGUGCACUCAUUACGGGCCAUACAUUGGGACACUGGACGGCCGCCCGUACCACGACUUUCCACAGCCGUCCUCAUUGACGGGGAAGAAUGUGGAGGCGCAUUUGAGAGACCUGGGUUUUGGCUACCGGGCAAAAUACAUCUAUCAAACGGCAAGGAUGGUAGCUGAGGAUCACGAAGAAGGCUGGUUGGACAGCCUGCGCAAUCUUGAAAGCCCAGCCUAUGGGCAAAAAGCAUCGCCUGCUGGUGAAAUGAAGCCUGAAGGACGAGAUGGGUACCGAGAAGCGCACGAAAAGCUCCUCGCUCUACAGGGUGUUGGACCCAAAGUGGCCGACUGUGUGUGCUUGAUGGGGUUGGGCUGGGGAGAGGCCGUCCCAGUAGAUACACAUGUCUGGCAGAUUGCGCAGCGCGACUAUAAAUUCGGGAAAGGGAAGCACAGCAGCCUCACGAAAGCCACUUAUGAUGCGGUAGCCAAUCAUUUCCGCAAACUCUGGGGCAAAGAGGCUGGAUGGGCGCACAGUGUGCUCUUCACAGCUGAUUUGAGGACAUUUGCCGAAAGACUGACCACAAAGAUCGAAACAAGCAUAAAAGAAGAUUCGCCAAACGGAAAGGAGCCUCAAAUUGAGCGGAAAAAGACUGUGCAACGCGUUACGAUCAAGCGCGAGCUCGAUCUCGACGAGGCGAAGUCCACGGUCGAGGUGGUGGAAAUGGUGACGAACAGCAGCGAGAGGGUCAAACGUAGGAGACGGAGGUGAAACGAUCGUCCAGGAUCCAGGAUUUGAGUAUACAAAACUGCCCAUUCUCGGACCAGAUUGACCCUGGUAAAGAAUUAUCAAAGGCUUGCGUCACCGCGUUUCAGUAUCACGUGUAUGUCAUAAUUCAAGGUGGAUGCGACGUCUGUCAGUAUCUAGAGAGGACGUCUUUCAUAUCGGUUGAAGCUGUUCCCCUGAGCAGUGACGGCGCGGUCACUGUCAAGUUUUAGCAUUAUUGACGAGGAGAAUACGGAGUAGAGGAGGAGGAUGAAGUUGGAGCAAAGUCCUUGCCCAGCAGAGAAGCUGGAGCUGUGGUGAGCUGCUCACGAGGUACGAUCGAGAGAUGAAAAUGACCAG